AUGCAAAAUCAUUGGACAGAAAAAAUACAAAACGCGUCUUACUCUAUCUUUUGCAUUCCUCUCCAACUAACACAACAAACUAUAAUGUCAGACUUUGGUAACUACGGAAAUUUCGGUGGUGAUUAUAACGCAGGCGGCUUUUCCAACUCUGGUUUCACACAGGGUGGAUUCAGUGGAGAUGGAAACUCCCAACAAAACAAAGUACAAACACGUAAUAGUAUCGCUCCAGUGACUAUAAAGCAAAUUCUUGAAGCAGAACAACCAGUGCCCGACGGGGAAUUCAAAGUUCACAAUGUGAGCAUUAGUUUGGUUGGUUUUAUUGGUGUGGUGAGAAAAGUACAUGCCAACGGAGUGACAUUGUUUAUCACCGUUGAGGAUGGAUCUGGUUCGAUUGAUGUUCGUAAAUGGAUUGAUGAAAACAACAAUUCAGUUGAGCAGGAAAAGGAAAAGUAUAUGGGAUUUUUGAACAAAUAUGUCUUUGUUGGUGGUGCUUUAAAGGUCUACAAUAACAAUAAAAGCAUACAGAAUGCCUCCAUUAACCUUAUAGAAGAUAGUAAUCAAAUCAUAUAUCAUCACUUGAAUGCUAUUGAUAACCAUUUGAAAUGUCAAGGGGUGACAAAAAGCAGCGGCUCAACUACAAACGGUAAUGAUAACAACAAACUAUUUGUCGAUGACGAAGGUUCAGCCACUGAUAGAGUUUUGAAUUUUAUUAGACAAGAGAGUAAGACAAUGCCGGAAGGUGUACCAAUUUCAUACAUAAUCCAAAAGUUAUCCAUAACUGAAAAAGAGGGAGAAAAGCAUUGCAAUGACUUGGUUGAAAGUGGAAAGAUUUACGUUGGUUUUAAUGAUGGUGGUUACAUAGCAGUUUAG